AUGGCUUCCGACGCCACUUCGGCCUCGCCCGCCGAGCUCUACGACUCUACCAUGACAGUCCCUUCUGACUCGGAGAACUACUCUGCCAACCACGAAAUGUCAUCCUCGACGCACUCAGAUUCAAGCUCCCCAGUUAUUCUCUACAAGCCCCCAAGCAUCUGGGGACUCUUGCGCGGCGCGGCCAUCAACCUUUUCCUCCCUUUCGUCAACGGUUUGAUGCUUGGCUUCGGCGAAUUGUUUGCGCACGAAGCUGCUUUCCGACUUGGCUGGUCCAAUACCAAGAUUUUCCCCAACUACCGCCGGUCCCACCCUGUAGGCCCCGGCGUCGAGAUGCGGGAGCUACCCUCAGAGCGCAGACGGCCUGGACUGAGGGACACCGCCUCCCUGGAAUAA